AUGCCAAUUGCUGAAUUUAAUCCGAUUGAUGCUGGUCAUAAAAUAGCUGAAAUUCAAGUGGAUGACAAAGUAUUGUUAUUAAUAUAUACAUCCAAUGAUGAUUUGUCCCGAGAUUUUAAUUUCCCAGCAGUAGAUAUUCUUGAUGAUGACAACCAUUAUAUAUUGUAUGAUGUAAAUGAAUUUCAUGGGAGAUGUGAAGACAGAAAUGGCGUGGGAGUAAUAACUAUCACAGAAUCACAGAAUCUUGAGUUAAUAUCAAGUAACUUUAAGUGGAGUGAAAAUAAUAAAUUCCGUGAAUCUACGCUACAGACUAACACUCUUCAAAUAUUGCCAAAUGCUAUGAAUGGUUCAAUUAAACCAAUUAAAAGAGAAUCAUUCAAAAUUUUCCAGGACAUACUAGGGGCUGGUGCUCAAGGAAAAGUAAAAAAAGGAAAGUGGUGUAAUUUUAAUGUUGCAGUUAAAAGUAUAAAUCUGUCAGGUGCUAAUUUGAAAUUAGCCUGCCGAGAGAUUAAAGUUCUGGAGGACAUUGGACACCCAAACAUCGUACAGUUAAUGGCAUAUUGCAUUGAUAAAAAUUCUGUACACUUAUUGAUGGAACUCUUCCAUAGUUAUUCUCUCUCUGACGUACUGUUUGAUAACGUAUUCGAAAAAGCAGCUGCUUUAACAAUAUUAAAAAAACAUAAAAUUGCUCAGCAAUUUUGUCAGGCUAUUAAUUAUUUACAUUUAAAAGAAAAUCCAAUAAUUCACGGUGACAUAAAGCCUGCAAAUAUUUUGUUACAUGCAAACGGAACUGUAAAAGUUUGCGAUUUAGGACGUAGUAAGUUCAAGAAAAUGUCUAGUUCUUUACGAACAACGGUUGGUGGGACUGGGUUCGUUAAAGGAACUCCGCUGUAUAUGGCACCAGAGUUGAUUCUUGAAAACAAAGAAGCUACUGUCCAUUCUGACGUUUGGUCUUUGACCUGUACUCUUAUUGAACUUUACACGGAAAAAUCUAUUUGGGACAACGUAGAGGAUCAAGGACAACUGAAAGCUAUGUAAGCUAAGAAAAAAUUACCCGAUUUGACAAGGAUUCCACAAAUUUUGAAAAUAGACCAUCUUUGGAUUAUGACUAAUCUGACAAAACUCAUAUUAUUCCACAAUAUUAUGGACAAAAUUAAAAACCUCGACAGCCUGGUAAAUCUUCAAGAUCUUGAUCUUUCUUUUAACCGAAUAAAAAAAAUGGA